AUGUUGGUACUAGUGUUUUUGCCUCAAGUGGUGUCUAAGCUUCCCGGCAUCAAAUGUGGCAUCAGUGACCCUCUUUCUAUUCUUCACAAGCAUUACCAACCAGGGGACCUCGUUAUUGCUGGUAUUAUGUCUCAUAUAUACAGAUUCUCCAACUCUAUAAGUUUCAGAGAAUGUCCCUCUAAUGACCUCUUUGAUGGCACCCUGUCAAUGAUUCAGAUCUACCAGCAUAUUCUAGCCUCAAUGUUUGCUGUAAAGGAGCUUAACGAAAAUCCCAAGAUUUUGCCUAAUCUCACUUUGGGCUUCCAUAUCUACAAUAGCUAUUUCAAUCCAAGAUGGACCUAUCAGGCCUCACUGGAGCUCUUCUCCACCCAGGGCAGAUUCAUCCCUAACUACAAAUGUGAUACUGUCAACAAUCCAGUAGCUGUCAUUGGAGGGCCCGUGUCUGAAGUGUGCCUCCACAUGGCAGACAUCCUGGGCAUCUACAAAAUCCCACAGUUCAUCUAUGGCUCUGCUCCAGUGAUAAAUAAGAAAAGUCAGGCUGUCCUCUACCACCAGAUGUUUCCAGAUGUGGAUCAUCAGUAUAAAGGCAUUCUUCAGUUACUGCUUCAUUUCAGGUGGACGUGGAUUGGGGUGUUAUCUGCACAUGAUGACAAUGGAGAGAAAUUUUUACAUACAGUGGUUCCCAUCUUUGCUCAGAGAGACAUCUGCUUUGAUUUCAUGGUAUCAAUGCCUCAAUUUACUUAUUCCAGUGACUUUGAUAAGAAACUUGAUGAGAUUAUUAAAACAUGCAACAUUAUCCGGAAUAGCACUGUUAAUGCCAUGAUCGUUCAUGGUGAAAUUGAUACCAUGGUAGGUUUGAGAAUGUUGCCCGUCUAUACUGACUGGGGGAGAUCAACAAAUGACAAAGGUAAAAUCUGGAUUAUGACAUCCCAGAUGGGUUUCACAUCAGUUUCCUUUCAAAGAAAUUGGGACAUAGAUUUCCUUCAUGGUGCUAUCUCCGUUGCAGUUCACUCAAAGGAGGUAAUAGGAUUCCAUAAAUUUCUUCAGAUGAUAAAACCUUCUUCGGGAAACAAAUAUGACUUUAUCAGAGAGUUUUGGGGAGACGCAUUUGAAUGUUCUUUCCUCAAUUCCAUGAUAGACAUAGACAAUGGAAGAAUCUGCAGUGGGAAGGAGAAGCUGGAGACUCUGCCUGCCUCUGUUUUCGAAAUGAGCAUGACAGGCCACAGCUACAGUGUUUACACUGCUGUCUUUGCUGUGGCGCAUGCAUUGCAUGCCAUGCAUUCAUCGAGGUUCAAGCACAGAGCAAUGGUGGAUGAAGGAAGAAUGAAGAUUGUUAGUCAACAGCUGUGGAAGGUAAUGUUCUGA